GGGACGAUCAAUGGGCGCAGUUACUAGCCUUCUUUAUGGAGCCGAAGACCCUUCUAUUGCUGGAAUGGUAUUAGAUAGUGCCUUUUCAAACUUAUAUAAUCUCAUGAUGGAGCUCGUGGAUGUUUAUAAAAUUCGGCUUCCAAAAUUCACUGUUAAAAUGGCUGUACAAUACAUGCGGCGGGUUAUUGAGAAGAAGGCAAAGUUUGAUAUUAUGAAACUGAACUGUAUUCUGGUUGCACCAAAGACAUUCAUUCCUGUUUUAUUUGGACAUGCAAGCGAUGAGAAAUUCAUUCAGCCACGCCACUCUGAUCUCAUCUCUGAAUCUUAUGCAGGUGAUAAAAAUAUCAUAAAAUUUGAUGGCGACCACAACUCUUCCAGACCACAGUUCUUUUAUGAUUCAGUUUCCAUUUUCUUCUACAAUGUCAGAACACUGUGAAGUUGUAUGCAACACCUUUGCGAAGCAUGAAAGAGAAAUCAUCAGACCCAAGAGAAGAUGAUAAGAAGUACAGGAAGAAUAAAAAGAAGAAUAAAGCUGGAAAAGUUGAAAAGAAACCGAAGAGUGACAGAUUUGAGAAGCUGGAGGCUCUUAGCAGACGCUUGCGGCUUUGCCUUCUAAAGUGAUCAACACAUCGAAGACAAAAGUCCUCUUGACCUCAUUUGUAUCAUAUCAAAAUCUUUAAAUAGUCAGUCAAUCUAAUUGUAAUGUUAUUACAAAAUCAA